GAUUAAUUUAAAAGUAUAGGCCUAUACGUGGUAUACAUUUAACAACACAACAAUCUUCAAACUUUAUAACAAUUUCACUGGGUAGGUAUUUUUUUUUCUUUAAAAUAUGAAAUUGUUAUUUAACUGGUAGGCAUACCUAUAUAAUAAUAAUGAUGGCGUUCAGAAAGUAAUUUAUGUAUUUUUAAUCAUAAUGGGUUUAUAGGUGGGUACCUAUACUUGUUAUUAUUAUUAUUAUAUCGUUUUUACUAAUAACUUUGUGUUUUUUCGUUUUACACCGCUCUCGUCGCUUAGUAAUAUUAUAGGUUGUAUAUUAUAUUAUAUUAAUGUUGAUUGUGUCCGAACAUUUUCGAGGAUUAUUGGCUGCAUACCGUCCGUCGGCAUCAUUACAUUAUUAUAUAGCCGUUAAACCGUGGUUGUCGGUAGGUAUACACACACAAUCCAUAAUAAUAUUACCUAUACUACCUAUAAUCUGAACGAUCGGCAUACCGUACGUGAAAACCGAUCGUUUUAUACUCGCGUAGGCGCGUCCUUAUAGGUACGUAUUAUAGGAACGUAUCGGGUGGCGCCGGUGACCAUGUCUCGAGACCGGAAACGUGUUUGUUAGACACACACACACACACACACACACACACACUUGGUGACUAGUUUUCGGAACGUUUCUGGUUCCUAGUCGCGAUGACCGGUCGGUUGAAACCGUACGCGGCGCAGAGUGACUCGAUGGCACCUAACCGUGGUCGACGGUCAAGGGUACGACGAUGCGUUACCACAAUUUAAAUCGAACACAUGUACAUAAUGGAUAUAAUAUUUUCAAAUGCUUAACCCACCGCAUAUAUUAUAAAACAUGUACCAAUAUACGCCGUCGUAUCGAUCGAGUCCGACUUGGAUGAUGUAGGUACUAGGUAUACAGGAUGUGUACAAUAGUAUACAGGGCGAUUAGACACCGAGCAUGCUAUCGCUAUAUAACACCUAUGAUUAUUGUAUUAACGUGAAGAGAAUGGUUUUUGAUUUUAAAAUUUAAAUGCGAUUGAAAUUCGAACAAGUAGUUUCUGAGUUUUCAAACUAUAGCCCCGAUAUCGUUUUGUUUAUAGUUUUUUCACAAGUCAAUUAGGGUAGAUGAUGCAUCGACAUUUUAAAAAUGCAAUUUACAGUAAAAUAAAGAAGGGUGAUUAUCGUUUGAAAAACAGAUGUUUGCACCGCGACAGCCCACAGGACACCCAAAAUACCAUAUGAAAAUCUAACGAUUCUUAAAAAUUCCGAAAGUCAGAAUUUUGACGAACGCACGUGGGUGAAGCCGAUAAAAUAGGGGUGAGUGACGAGCAUCAUGUACUCGAUGAGUCACCCUGUGUAUAAUAAUAAUUUGUAACUACGAUAAUAUGGCUUCCGAGGGCGGCGGAAAAUCAUAAGUCGUCGUUGUCCUCUGUCGUUGUUCAGUUGGUCGAUCGAUGGGUAAGUCGGUCGGUUGGUCGGCGAACGGUCGGUCGGUCGGUCGGUUGGUCGGUCUGUCUGUCUGUCUGACGUACACGUAACGACCGCGUUUCAGGAGUGACUAUGCAGGCAGUGUUGGACGAGUUUUACGCGCAGAUCGUGGCCAAACUGGAACGCGACGAGCUGAUACCAGCCUACAAGCGGUCGAUGCACCGCGAGUACCUGGCCACCGUAGUGGACGGGCUGUGCGGACCGUGGUGCGGCCAGGACAGGCGCCGAGCUUGCGAGGCAGCGGUGGCCGGGGCAGUGGCUUACCAUGGCCGCGCGGUCCGCGAAAACGGGUCCGUGUGCCCGCUCGGCAAACACCACGACAUGCUGUACGUGAUGGCCCGCUUGGCCAUGGACGCGGACGCCAGUCCCGAACCCGUGGCCGCAUUAUUGACCGCCAUUUACACGUGCGAGAAAACGUUGGAAAAGCUUUUCGAGGGCGCCGUGGUGGGCAGCAAAGUGGCGCGCAUGAUCAGCGGCCGGUGGACGGACUUCGGGGCGACCGUCGCCGACAACCGGACGGCGCUGGGAUUCUACAUGGACCGGGCGACGCGUGCGCGACUCCGGCUUGACGGCCGCCGAAUGCAGGACGUCUGGAUGCGGUCGUACCAGGCGGCACCCGUCAUGGUGGCCGCGGCCACAGGAGACGUGGCCGCCGUGGCCAUGCUGUUGCGGUACGGCCCGGACGAGCGGUCGGUGCGCGCGGCCAUCGCGUACCUGCGCCGCCGUUCUGCCGACCGCGACCGUGGUCCACCGUUCCCCGAUCGUGUCCAGUCGUGUCUGGAACUGCUGCUGAGGGCCGUCGCCUGUGAGGGCGGCGAGCGCGGCAGUGUCAGUGGCGACGAGGACCGCUGCGGCGGCGGGUACGGCAGUGGCAACGAUUAUGGCGGAUGCGGCAGCAGCGGCGGCGUUAAAGUCGUUCCGGUGCCGCCGACAUUGCUGCACCUGGCCAGGUGCGCCGUGCGCAACGCGUUGCACCAAAAUUUCAAUCUACCGCAUGGCAUACCGCAGUUACCCGUGCCCAGGUCUUUGGUAUCGUAUUUAGAUCUCGAGUGUUGAUCCACAGCGUUCUACUAUCCCCCACACCCGUCAAGAAGCCGUUCGUUCCGCCGACCAUUAAAUAUUCGUUAUACACACUCUUAGCUGUACCGGAUACGAUCGCAGGUCGUUCAAAUAAAAAUAAUGUAAUAUUAUACACACUACGUUCGUUUUCUAAUUUUUUUUUUUUUUAUCAUCUUCUUAUCCGUUUCCAAUAGUUUCGUUAGAUAUGGCCUCAGAAAUAAUCAGAAUAUUAUGUCGUCUGUUAAUUAGGUUAGGUAGUGUUAACACCGCGUAAGUAACCAUAUAAUCGUAACACCUCAGCCGUGGUCAUAAUAUCGGAGGCACUCUACUCGCACGGGCACUUUCCACGCGUCAAGUAAAUGAGUUAACGACGUACAUUAGUCUUGUUGUUUUCAUUAAUUAAAAUGUCUAUUUAUUUUGCUAAGUGUACGGCGGCUCUUAGCUAUUGCAUUCGAUGAAUUUAUACAACGCAGUAAUAAAUUACCCACCCAAAGAGUGAAAUAAUAAACUACGCUGACUAUAGAGUAGGUACAAAAUAAAUAAAUAAUUGUAGUACCUGCAGUCAAUAUUGAAACAAUUAAUAAUUAUAUUAUUCGUCGCUGUGUAAUACUUUCUAUUGUUAUUAUUUAAUAUAAACCACGAAGAUAAAUAAUGUAAAUGAAUAGAGAUGCCCUGUGUACUGCUUUGUGCGAUGCAUAAUUGUUUGUAUUAUAAUCGUUCGCAUUGUAGUAGGUACAGCUUUGGUUUCACGAUCGAAUAAAUUGUUCACUGUGAACUUUCGAACCAUCGCGUUGUCGACGAGUUUUUUUUUAUUGAUAUCACUGGCGAGAACCGAUAUAUUAUUUUGACAUAUUUUAUACCUAAUAUAAAAUAUGAUACCUUUUGAAAAGUUAUAUUUUAUUAUGUGUGAUAUUCAGGGUAACGUUAUUAAUCAGUAGGUAGGUAUACUCAUUAGCAUAGAAAUUGAUUUUGAUAUAUUUUAUUAUAAUAUAUAUAUAUAUUAUCAUAAUAUUAUUAUUUACUUAUGUAUGUACCAACAUUUAACGAUAGAGAACAUAAACAUCAUUACUAUGCCAUGUAUAUAAAUAUGUAUGUAAACUGAAAAAUAUUUUAUUUAUUUAAAUAAACGAUGUGCAGUAAAUAUAAUUUAUGGAGUAAACGUUUAUUUUUUAAUCACAUUAUAUUCUACCUAAUUGAUCUAUAAAAUAUUGGGUACGUAUAACUACACAAAUAUGGCUGUUUAACAUUUAAUGUAAUUGGUUUGUUUCUUUCCAGUCAAUAUCUAAAAUUAGACGUAUAAAAUGUGAAAGUUUUCCUACAGAAAUUUGAAUAAUAUUAUUAACGGUUGUCAAUAGCCGGUGCAUUACGUUAAUGUACCUAACGUUUUUUGAAACUGGAGAUGAACCAUUUUUUAUUCUUGUUUUCACUUUACAUAUUCACAAUAUUUUUCCUACAUUUAUGUAAACAUUGGUUUUUGAAAAUGUCUACAAACUUUUUGUAAUCAUCAGCUGAUCCUAGUCAGUUUAUAUAUUAUACAUGGAUGAUAUAUUUUUAUCAUGGUAUGUCACUACAUCAUAAAUCAUAAUGUUGUACCUAAAUGCUAUCAAGUUGAAUUGUAGUCGAAAAGUUGUUGAAAAUCUGGUAAACAAAAUGAUUACGACCACCGUAGUUAUGAUACUAUUGUAAUUGUAUACAAUAUAAUAAAGGUACACGUAUUUAGCUGCAAUAUAAUAUAGUAUAGUUAUCAGAUUCUUAGAUUCUGAGCGUAGCGAUGAAUGUAUUGUAUUUACAUGAGUGUUUUUUUCUGUAGGUCAUCAACAUUUGUGGUAGUAAAAAUGAUCCAUCGGCAUCUUUUCUAAUAGAAAAAUGAAUCUUGUUGUUACUUUUAAGUGGUAAAAAAAUUUAAGAUUACCAGUAGUGUCAGAAAGUGUCAGGAAGAUUUUUUGAGCUAUUUAAGGGCUUGAGAACAUUUUCAAAUUUUGGAAAUUUUUUUAUUAAAUUACCGUCGAUACAAACAUUUUCACUCAGUAAAAAAUCUUAAAAUAUUAAUGCAAGGGUCUUCAUAAGCUGUUAUACUAGCAGUUCAAAAAUAUUAAAUAUACGAGUACAUAGACACUUUUUCUUUUUAUAUGUAUUUAAAUUUUAAAUUUUUACAAAAUUCAUCAAAAUCCUGAAAAUUAGCAGAUUAUUUAUCGGU